UGUGCGGAAGGUUUACGGAUCGGUGGAAAUAUCUCGUACCUCGUAGCUCAUACCUCAUACCCCGUGUGCAUCGGACAGCCUUGGUGCUUCGGGCCCAAGUGAUUCAGCCUCUAAAUGGCCCUCGUGGAACGGAAGUUGUUACGUGCGAAUUUGUAAAAUGACCCGAUCGGAGUCGCAGAUUUGUUAGGAAGUAAAAACCCACGAAUGUUUAUUCCCCGAUUAAUUUUGCGGUCAUUUGGUUUAGUGGUUCGGUUUCGAAUAGUGACAUGCCCGUUUUGGCGUGUACGGCUCAAGUGCGCCAAUUAACAAAGUAUAUACUCGUAUUAAGAAUUGUCGAGCAUUAAGCUUAAUACCUAACAGCUAAUCGGUGUUAAAGCCUUUGAGUGUUCCAUUUGCGAAGUAAAUCGAAUUGUAGUCCAAUCACAAUCGAAGCAUACAUAAUCCGCGACAAUUGCAACCGAACACAACGAAUUUAUAGCCGCAAUUAAAUCCUUGACCAUAAAUCAGGGAAUAUGGCCGGGGUAAUCAAAGUGUUUAACCCACACGCAGCAACCGCAGCAAACGAUUUCAGAUAAAAGAGCGUGCUAAAAACGGCGAGUAACUACUAAUCGCGGCUAAAUAAAAGUAUCUGUGUGGCUAAGGUCACAUAAAGUUCAUCGACGGUUACACAGAGAGAGAGAUAUACAUUCAGCUGAAAAGUGAAACAACAAUAUGGCCUGCUUUCCCCGACUUUUCCAUCAUCGAAGUAAAAACAAAUUUACCCCCGCCCAAGAUGAGAACACCGAUACGAUACUCAACACACAAGAUAGUCCCGUGCAAAUUGGUCUAUACAUCCGCCGCGAGGAGAAGCCACUGUACUCGCCCAUCGUCACCCCGAGUGCCAGCGAGGCCAAACUUCAACGGCUGAGACAGCAAACGCCCGGCUCCCCACCCUCGGCCACCGUACUUCAAUCGGUUGCCGAAAAUGGCAGCGCAAACAAUGGCGGGCAGGGGCGUAAGUUCCGCUCGAACAAGGACAAACUACAGGAGUCGUCCUCUUUGGGCGGCAGUGCAAUUAAUGUCACACGCUCAAGUUCGAAAUUAAAACCAGUCAAAGAGCGACGGCCCACCGCAUUGCCCUCCGAGGUGCCUAGCAUAGAGAUCGAGAAUGCCCAGGAUUCGUUGGAGGAGGACGUAGUGGAGGAGGGGGAGGCGGAGCCGGGUGCUAAUGCACAUGCCGAUGCCGAUGCCCUUGAUGUCCUCGAUGGCGGCAAGUCAAAACUCAAAGUGAAUGUGAAUGGCAUAAUUGAUGAGGGCGGUGCCGAUGAUGUCGCCACACCCUCGAGCACCUCCACAACACCUGUGACCGAGGGUCCUGUAAAGUUUUUCAUUGGUCACACGCAGGAACUAAGCGGCCAGCAAACGGAUGACACCUUGUCCUGGCAGAGUAGCGAUGCCAACAACAACAACGACGCCACCAUUAACGGCAAGCUGACAAAUGGCGUCCUGCCACAAGAGCAACCGGAGGAACAGAAGAGGAGCCACCUCCAUCUGCAGGCUCCUCCCCGCGCCAAAAGCUCUAGCAACGUGUCACUCAAUUAUCAGGCCAAGAGCCAUCCGGACAGUCAACGUCGCCGACGUGUGUCCACGAUGCCCGAUAUUAACAUACCGCCAGCACCGCCAAUGCCACCGGAACUCCUAGUCCCUGGUACGCCACUUCACUUGCGCAAGAAACGGAGCGUGGAGCGUCCGCAGGAACUGCAGGAUGCUACGAAUAGUCAAGAUCAAAUAUCAGGGCCAGAGGAAGGCGGCGAUAGUCAGAAAUCCAGCGAUUCCUCGACACCAAAAACCCAUCGCGUAGAAGGUGGCCUCAUCUAUGUCCGUCCCAAUUUUCCCAUUCAAGGCGACAUUAAAAAAAAAGAAAAAAAAAAAAACCACAGCACACGCAAUCUCAUACGAACGGCCAUUGAGCGCAAUGAUUUCCUCAAUAAUCUAAUGGACAAGGAGCGCAAGGAGAUGGUUAUCAAUGCAAUGGCCCCGGCCUGCUACAAGAAGCAAAGCCUUAUCAUCCAUGAGCAUGAGGAGGGCUCCGAGAUAUAUGUAUCCGCCGAGGGACAGUACAAUGUUAUUCGUGGCGGGCAGCUAGUGGCAAACUUCGGACCAGCCACUGUGUUUGGGGAACUGGCCAUACUUUACAAUGCUCCCCGUCAGGCUACCAUACAGGCUGCCACCGAUGCACACGUUUGGAAAAUCGAACGCGAAACCUUCCGGGCAAUCAUGCAAAUCUCUGGCUCCAGGGAACGCGAGGAAAACCUUCAGUUCCUGCGGUCGGCUCCGUUUUUGCAGGAGUUCGACCAGAGUUUGCUCCUCAAAGUCGUAGAUCUCCUACAGAGGAAAUUCUACGAGACCGACAGCUGUAUUGUACGAGAAGGCGAGGUGGGCAACGAGUUCUAUAUUAUCCGUUGCGGAACUGUGACCAUAAAGAAGCAGGACGAGCAAGGACAGGAGCAGAUUGUGGCCAAGCGAAAGCGUGGCGACUACUUCGGGGAACAGGCUCUACUGAAUGCGGAUGUACGACAGGCCAGUGUGUAUGCCGAUGCUCCGGGCACUGAAGUGCUCAUGCUGGACAGAGAAGCCUUCAUUAGCUAUUUGGGAACCAUAAAACAACUUCGCGAGAAGCCCAGCAGCCAACGCAGCGAUACGAGUGGUCGAUCCAGUAACAAAUCCCAAGAAUUCGAUAACGAAUACUCCCAAGUGGCAAUCUCGGAACUCAAAAAGAUAGCCACUCUGGGCUGUGGAGCCUUUGGACGCGUGGAUUUGGUUGCCUAUGGCCAACAGGCCUUGGCCCUGAAGAUCAUCAAGAAAAUCGAGGUGGUCAAACAAGAUCAAAUAGAGCAUGUUUACAACGAAAAGAACGUAAUGAUUAAGUGUCGCAACUCGCCAUUUAUAGUACAACUCUACCGCACGUACCGCAAUGACAAAUACGUUUACUUCCUAAUGGAGGCGUGCAUGGGCGGUGAUGUAUGGACGGUGAUGUCAAAGCGCCAGUAUUUCGAUGAGAAGACCGCUAAAUUUAUAGCGGGUUGUGUCGUCGAAGCCUUCGAUUACUUGCAUUCGCACAAUUUCAUUUACAGAGACUUAAAGCCGGAAAACCUAAUGCUCGGCACGGAUGGCUAUUGCAAACUGGUCGAUUUUGGAUUUGCCAAGUUUGUGCGACACAAUGAGAAGACCAACACAUUUGCCGGCACACCAGAGUACGUGGCACCUGAGAUUAUCCUAGAUCGUGGACAUGAUCGAUCCGUUGACUACUGGGCACUGGGAAUUUUAGUUUACGAACUACUUGUUGGUAAGACCCCCUUCAGGGGUGUUAAUCAAAUCAAGAUCUAUCAGCAAAUCCUCAGUGGCAUCGAUGUCAUUCACAUGCCAUCGCGGAUACCCAAACCUGCCCAGCACUUGGUCCGGCAUCUCUGCAAGCAACUUCCGGCAGAACGACUGGGAUAUCAGCGUAAGGGAAUCGCCGAUAUCAAAAGGCAUAGUUGGUUCGAAAGUCUAGAUUGGCAGCGACUGAAACUUAAGCAAUUGCCAUCACCUAUCAAAAGACCUUUGAAGAGUUGGACCGACCUGCAAUACUUUGGUCCGUCGGGUGUGGAAAACGACUAUGAGCCACCGGAGGAGUUGAGCGGUUGGGAUAAAGACUUUUAAAGCUGAAAAGUAAACUAUAUAAGAUUUCGGAUAUUAGUAAGUAGUUGUAUAUGUUUUGUUUUUAAAUCUUGAUAGUAUCCCCCACGUAGCAGCCAUAACAACCUCGUAUUAGUUAGUAAAUUCGAAGCUACCAAACUAAGUCUGUAAUCAUUUGUUAUAUAUUUUAUUUUAUUAUUAAAAGUUGUACUUUAAGCUUGUAAGGUUUCAAAUAGAUUCUAAGUAGUCUUUAUUAAACAUGAACAAUUAUAUCACCCAAUUAUAUCAGAUCUUUGAAAGAAAGCCUAUAGCCUAAA